AUGCGUGUCUUAGGGGUAGCGAAAUCAGCAAGUACUCUGAGUCUUCCUCCAUCAAUAAGCUUGCUUGGAGAUGUUCUAUCCCCCAUGCGCAAAAAGGAUAUUCCAACUCGAAUUGAGAGCUUGGAAAGGAGGAUCAACCUAUGCGAUGAUAACUUUAUUCUAACUUCGCAAAAGCUUUCCGGAUACGACAAACAAUUUAAAUCACAGAUAACUGCUGCAUCUCAACUAAUUCAAGAAAUAGAAGUGCAUCGUAUUAAAAACCAGCAAAAUAUUGAAGGCGUUCAACAUCAGUUAGAACAAGAAGUUAAAGACAAAGUUGCUCUAUAUUUUCAAAUGAAUUCUAAUUUACUUGUUACAAAAUUAUUAACUAAGAAAAAGCACUUGAAGCAAUCGGCGAAACGCUAUGUUACAAACUCAGAAAACAUAACUCAAAUCUCAGAUCAAAUAUCUAAACAAUGUCAAUCAAAACAGCGUCAAUCAUUGGUUCCUCUUUUAGAAACUAUAGUGCGUUUGCAAGAAGCUCAGAUUCAAAUUGCUAAGUCUGUUUAUUAA